AUGAGGGUCCACAGCUGUGAACCUGACUUCCGCGUGAUAUGUGGUAUAGAAAACUGUGCGGCGACGUUUCGGCGUUACAGUGCCUACCAGAAGCACGUGUACCGCACGCACAGAGCGAUUGCGGGAAUAACCCCGGCUCCAGGGAGGUGCGCUACAAGAAACGAACACGCUGGGGACAUCGAACAAGAUGCCUCGAUCCCCACCGCCUCAACUUCAUCGGAAGAAGCGCUCGUCGACAACGAGGGCCCCUCGGGCAGCGGUGAUUUCAUCAGUGAUAUCCGGGAGCAGCUUGUACUUUUUUAUCUUAAAAUCACAGAGAAGCUGAAGUUGGUCUUUACGACGGCAGACGAGAUAUUCACGGUGAUGAGGUCUUUGGUGCACCAGAUUCUUGACGGCCACAACCAGAACACUCUGAAAUUUCUAAUGGAGGAGAAUGUGGCAUCGUCCGUCAUCGAAAACCUCGGUUCACGUGCAAGUGCUGCAGACAUUGUUGAAAACAUAUUCUCCGGGCUGGGUAGCACACACUUGAGAAAAAAGUAUGUUGCAGAACAUUUCCCACAUACCGAAGUGACCGAGGUGCCGCUUCAGGCGGGCAGCUGUAACGACUCUGUCUGCUAUAUCCCAGUUAAAAAGCUUCUGACAAGUUUCGUGCAAAAUGAAGACAUGCUGGAAUGUUUAAUGCAGCCUCCCGCAACACCAUCAGACGUGCUUUCCGACUUCGCCGAUGGUGACUUUCUCGGUCAUCAUCGCCAGCUCGCCCAAGAUGACAGCCACACCAUAUUCCUGCUCUUUUAUACAGACGAGCUUGAGAUCACCAACCCCCUCGGCAGUGCUGCUGGACGACACAAGGUUCUAGCUGUGUACUUUUCAGUUUUGAAUCUGCACCCUCGGUACCGGUCAAAGCUUGGUGCUAUCCACCUUAUACUUCUUGUGGAGUACUGUGUUGCCAUGCGCCAUGGCUUAGAUAAAGUGCUCGCUCCCCUGGUGGGGGACUUGAACUUGCUUCACAAGCAUGGCAUGGAUGCCAGGAGCUUACAUUUUAACGUGGUGACAGUGGCGUUCACUGGAGACAAUCUGUCUAUGCAUCGUCUUGCAGGGCUUCAGUGCUGCUUCAGUAAUGGCCGUAUCUCCCGGUUUUGCUUAGCGCGGCACAAACAACUUAGGCAGCUCCAUGCGACUAGUGACUGUGUUGAAAGGACCAGCCAAAUGCACAAAAGCCACCUUGAAGCUUUCGCACUCGACCCAUUAGUAAAUGGCCCCCUUUAUGGGAUCUCAAAUGUCUCCCCUCUGGAGGGACUCAGCAACUUCGACGUCACUGACCAACUGCCCCCUGAUGCAAUGCAUGACAUUCUUGAGGGGGGCAUUGGAUGCGUCCUUCGUCAUGUCCUCGGUGGAUUGAUUCAAGACAGAAUACUGCGCAAGCAGGAUCUCGACAGAGUUGCUGCUUUCAAGUAUGGCUUUCAUGACAGGAAGUCUGCACCCAAUGCAGUCAGGGACACCUUCCUCACCGGUAAGGCAAGCCUGAGAGGUACAGCUAGCCAGAGGUUGUGCCUGUUCCGACUGCUGCCUCAGUUCUACGGAGACUCCAUCCCUGAAGACAAUCCACACUGGAGGGUGUAUUUGGCAUACCGACAUGUUGUCGACAUCAUCCUUGCAGAGAGGAUCCCCAAGGACUGCAUUCCUUACCUUCAAGUGAAAGUCGAAGAGUUCCUGGAACUCUACACGGCGCAAUACCCAAAUGCAGUAGUGACGCCGAAGCUUCACUACUUGCUGCAUUACUCGAAAUACAUCCAGAAGUUCGGACCACCUCGCCGCUUCUGGGGCAUGCGAUUCGAGGCGAAGCACUCGUACUUCAAGAGUCUCGCCUCCAAAGUAAAGAACUUUCGGAACACUUGUCUGACGCUUGCGACCCGGCACCAGCUUCUCCAGGCUUAUGAGCUGUCGGGAAGUCUGUUUGACUCGCCACUUGAGACAACUGGAGCAAGGCCGAUCAAGGUAGAAGAGCUGCCAGAAGAGCAGCAAGCUGCUGUUGCCAAGGUGACGCUGGAGACAGAAGUUUCUGCUGUGAAAACCGCGAGCUUUGACAAUUGCCAGUAUCGUCUAAGUGACGUGUUCGUUCACAAAAUGCAACACGACAUUCCACAGUUUCUUAAGAUUGAGAAGCUUCUUGUUUUCGGUAGUUUCUUACUGCUGUUAUGCUAG